AUGACGAGCGAACAAGAAAGAGCUGCUGUUAGACGUGGCAAAUCCGCAAAAGGGAAUGCGACGAAGUCCAUUCGUCAUGCCCAGGCUGUGAUCGCAAGAAUCUUGAAUGCCAAGGAGAAUCCGAAGACUCACCGUCAAGACCUAGACAGCGCCAACGAUACUCGCGCUUAUCUGCGAAGGCAACCCCCGUCAAGCCCUGAACAUGUUGAAUGCGUUUUCCAUACAAAUAUUGCCUCUCGCUUGCUCAGUCACUUACUGAUGUACCUGCUGCACACUGAAUAA